AUGACUCGUCCGUCACCGCUGGCCUGUACGGAAUGUCGCAAGCAGCAUCUGAAAUGCGACGCCCAAACCCCCACCUGCUCUCGCUGCUUACAGAACCGACUAAAGUGUAACUAUCUUCCUUCUAGACGUGGAGGGAGACGGAAAACCCGUGAAGCACUCCGGCAGCAUCACGAUGCAUCUUCCGCAGACCUGCUCUUGUCACCUCACCCUACCGAUAUGAGUGGGCGUGAUGCUUCUUCGACUGUUUCUGGUCAGCAGAACCAGCGCAUCAGCCCAGUCGUGGAAGGCCAAGUCCAAGACGCUGCAGAUUCUGAUGCUCGACUAGUCCGCCUGUAUUAUGAAAACUUUCACUCCGCGCAUCCAAUCCUGGUUCCCGCGCCCUUGUAUGAAGAACGAAAGUACCCAGCGUACCUGCAUGAAGUCGUCACACUCAUAGGUGGCCAUUUCUUGUCUACUGGCUCCCUCCCUGAUAUGGCCAGUGUGCAACUAGGCGCUGAUGGAGAAAGGACGCCAUGCAAGGUUCAGGCACUUUUGCUUUAUUCGAUACUUUCAUGCGCUCGUGGCGAGUGCUCGCAAGCUCACACAUCCUUUUCCCAAGCUGUCGACAUUGCAUUGGAACUAGGAAUGUACAGACAAGAAUUUGCGUCCACGUCUUCCAAUGCCGUGGAAGCUGAGAGCCUGCGCCGGACUUGGUGGGAGCUUUUUAUCGUCGAUGUCUACAUGGCAGCUUUGCAGAAGAGAGUGGUCUUGCGAUGCAGCGGUGUUCCUUACGACGUUGCUUUGCCUUGCGAGGAGUCCGUAUAUGCCAAUUACACCAACAUACCAUCGCCUCCCACUCUUGCUGGGUUCAACAAACGCAUCUUCGCUGAUGAAGAAACAAGCUACUCAUCCUUCAGCUACCGCAUCGAAGCGGUAUGCAUCCUGGCACGGGUAUUGGUCUUGAAUAGCCUGCCAGAAACACACCGGGAUCACUUACAAGCUGUGGAAAAUGCGCUUGUCAGCUGGACAAAUCACCUUCCACCAAACAAAGUCGACAUCGUGGAUACGUACGGCAGCGUCGAUGAAAUACUUUUCCAGGCACACACUACUAUUCACUUUGCUGCAAUGCUCCUGCAUCUUCCAAGAAGCAGUCUUCGGCCCGUCUGUCCAGAAACAGAGUGCCCGAUUUGUCCAGUGAUUCCAUCUCGGCUUUCGCCAUCCUUCACCCGACAUGUUCAUGAUAUCAAAGCUACGGAGGCAUCCAAACAACUCUCCAAUCUUCUCUCAGUCCGCCCCAGCGUGCAGAGAUACAGUCCAUUUGUCGUGUUCAGCUUAGUACUCUGUGGAAUGGUUCAGCUUGCCACAAGCCGUAUCCACUCCUCAGAAUGCUCGGAUCAUCACUGUAACCGGAUAAUCUUGGUUCUAGGCUGUCUAAAGACACUGAAACAGAAGUGGCCCAUCGCAAAUCGAGCUCACUACUUCCUCCGGAGCGUAGCAGCAGAAACAUUUACGGCCUGGAUUGAGUCUCGAUAUCCACAAACCAGCAACGCUGUGCCUCUAGCCUCAAGAAAUGGUCCCAGCUUUCCACCUGAAAAUAAUGCUUGGCUCUCUGUUGUUAGCAGCAAUGACACAUCCAGGCCUGUGGAGACUGACGCACAAGGCAUAUUCUCGCCGGGGCUGUUAUCCGCGUACAUUGACCCAACCUGCAGCGAGCCGCUGCUUCUAGGUCCUAUGCCUGACCUUGACUUCACAUGA